ACAUGCUGCUGUGCUGCUGUUUGAGCGUAAAUAUUAGCAACAAAUUAGUCUAAUUGGUUUAAUAACGGUUUUAAUUUGAAUAUGUAAGAACAGAAACUACGUUUAAUUAUUUAGUUUUCUUAUCCAAAGAGUGGCUUUUGUCGCUUUUAGUAAACAAUCAGCCAUUAUUUUGUGCCCAGGCUUUAACUAAUGGCUGGAAAGGUUCUCUGUGAGGCAACAAGUCUGUUCAACCUUCUCAAUCAAUAUACUAAUUUUCCAAGACUUGCAGAAAGCAACUACCUUUGUCUGAUUGAUGCCCGCGUUGAAGAAUCAUAUAAUUUUAGCCACAUCAUCACUGCCAGAAAUGCAAAAUGGGACUUUGAAGGAAAGUUUAUUAUGCCAGUGGAUGUUGAGGUUGAAAGUAUGAGAUACAUCAUUGUUUAUGACAACGGCACACAAUCUCUGUCAGACUCAGGUCCAGCCAUAGACUGUGCAGACAGCUUAGAAAAAGCCAGCCAAUUUCCCAUUCAGAUUCUUACUGGGGGCUACGAGAAGUUUUCCGCACUUUAUCCUUUCCUAAGAACGGAAAAGAUUCUUUAUAAUAUCAGGGAAUUAGAAAGCUUGAAUCUGUAUCCUGUGGAAAUCUUACCAGGCCAGCUUUACAUGGGAGAUUACAAGCAGGCCACAAACCUCAAAGUCCUGAAAGAUCUGAAGUUGAAUGCAAUUGUAAACGUCUCUAAUGAUUGCAGUCUAAUAUUUAAAAAGGCAAACUGCACUGUCCUGCAUAUCCGAGUUGCAGACUCUGCAGAGGCAGAUUUGGUUACUUCGUUUGAGAGGAUAUGUGUUUUUAUUAAUUCACAUCUCAAUAAUGCCUCUUCAGUUUUGGUAUUCUCUACUCUUGGGAAAAGCAGAUGCUGUGCUGUUGCAAUGGCAUAUCUUAUGUCUCACUUGAAAUACACAAUAAAGGAAGCAUGGAAUCAUAUUCAGCAGUGCAAAGCCAACAUGAGGCCAAAUCGCGGAUUUGUGCAACAACUUUCUGACUGGGAACUUCAGACUCUUGGGAAAAGGGUGACAGAUACUUCAGAGCCCAACUACUGAAAAUAUGUACAUUCAAAUCCACUAAUUUUUAAUGGUCAGUGAUGAUGGAAAAUCAGAUCUUCAUAUGAAAAUUAAUCAUUUUAAGUCAUAUUAAUAAAUAAACCUCAUCCUCA